AUGGAUAGAGUUGAAUCUUAUUUGUUUAAUUUCUCCAGCGAUCAUUUGGAUCAGUCUUCUUCCGAGACUUUCUCUUCUCCUUCUUCUUCGGCGUCUUCCUCCAUUGGAAGGAAUAGCGACGAUGACGGAAAAUCGUCGGAGGACGGUGGAGAUGACGCCGGAGAUAGUGAAGCAGAGUCUCCGUACAAAGGUCCUCUUGAUUUGAUGGAAUCUCUUGAAGAAGUCUUACCCGUCAGGAAAGGGAUAUCGAAUUAUUACAAUGGAAAGUCAAAGUCUUUCACGAAUUUAGCAGAGGAGGCAGCGACGGCGUUGACUUCUUCUUCAUCGAUGAAAGAUUUGGCCAAGCCGGAGAAUCCUUACAGUCGUCGCCGGAGGAAUCUACUCUGCCAUCAGAUUUGGGAGAACAGCAAGACGACUCCGCGUGGCGGGAUCUCGAAGAAACACAUCAUGAGCUCGAGCAGGAGCGCGUUGACUCUUGCCAUGGCGGUUGCAGCCGGCGUGAUGACCGGAGAUGGAUCUUCCUCGGGAUCAAGCCCAACGACCUCUAGAUCUCCGCCGAGGCAGAGGCCGCAUCAGAUGCUUCCUCCGUUGUAUCCUAGGAGUCAAGGGUCUUUUGGUAAUUUGAGGUCGUCUCAGUCGUCGUCGGGUUUUUGUGCCUUGAGAUCUUAUUCGGUGGCUGAUUUUCCGAGGUGUUUUCCGGCGACGGCGAGUGGGAUGGGGUCCAAUGACUCGUAG